AUUCCUGAUGAGCUGAAGCAAUCACGCGAGUACAUGGAGCUGCUUGAACUCAAAAAAAUUAAAAAACAAAAAAUCAAACACGGAGAUCAGUCGUCGUCCUCUCAUGUUGGAUUUAUGUGUGAUGGGUGUGGUACUGAUCCCAUAGURGGGACAAGAUGGCAUUGYGCAGACUGUCCACMAGAGACAAGUCUAGAUUUCUGUUCGUCAUGCAUAGACAGAGGUAUUCCUGAGUCACGUGGUCACAACCAACAGCAUCGUUUUGAGCCAAUCACAAAAGCCUUAUCGUAUUUUGUCGAUGGUGAUUACGUCGGAAACACAGGCUCSACAGAGACUGGGUACAACUAUUUAGACCCGAAUUUUCUACCCGCUGCCAGUUGACAGAAAAACUUCUCAAAUGCGGCCGGUCGGUUGGUAUGAUACUAUGUCAAUACAGAUAAACCUCUCAAUGGCGGUCGWUCGAUURGUAAAGAUACGUUAUUAAUACUGCAUGUACAAGUAACCUCACAACAACGGUCGGUCGGUAUGCUCCAUAUGAUAUAGGUCUAUGACACAAGAGUMAAAAAACUAUGAAAAUUACGGUCGGUCGGUUAAAGUAAGUUACACUUAAAGACCUCUCUAUAAUUACAAAUUUUCUUUAUCUACACAUCUUCUUAAGAAAUUGAAAUAAAAUUCAUUUUUGAAUACCUCGAUAUCUUUAUAUUUCACUAAUUUUUUGAAACAUUUCGACGCAAAAGGUGAUUGAACAGUUUAAUUAUGACUGACGUUGCUAUGGCUACCAUCACCUGAUAUUUCGCAUUGGCAGAAACUAAAAGUUUGUCACAUUAAUAGGUUAUUAAAAUAAACAAUUGAGUUUUUUUAAUGAAAGUCGGCCUGCUUUUGCUAUAUAACACCAUUCCUUACCSCUURGAGGCGCUUCAAAUACCUAAAUAAGCAAAGGAMAUUUAUUUAAUUUAAAAUGRAAMGAUACUGCUUAAAAGACCAGACAAUAAUUUUUUUUCACUGUAUUUGUUCAAGAUAUUAACUCAAAACAAAAGCUAUUUGAUUAGAACUCUUAACUGUGUUUUUUUCUAGGACAAUGUAUCUCAGAAAUAAUUAAAGGUCCUUGAAAUUGAAUUGCAAAAUCAAUUAGUGACAUAAAUAAAAGACGAACCUAAGUUUGUUUUGCUCAAUCAGAGAUCAAGUUUGAUUCGUUAAGAGAGAUGAAAASGCGUUAUUGCCUGGCACAAUUGAAAGGUGCUGUAGAAGUGUUAAUAUAAUACUGACUUAUGUUAUUCAGUUUAAUUUCCCUAUUUGCUCGGAAAAGGMAAACAAUAAUCAGACCUUGAAGAUGAAAAGUUGUCUUUCUGGAUGAGAAACGUUCUUGAAGGCAACGCAAUUGCUACAAACAUGAAACUCUUUGUCAUUUUUGGGUGUUUUGCGGUUUCUUUGUGGCAAAGUCAAUCGAAAGGCGUCCUAAGUCGAGAUAUUAACACCAAAACUUACAGUAAACGUAGACAACAAAGCGAAAARGUAUCAAGAGAAGAAAUCUUCYCGAAUAAGAAACAACAUGAAAAAAGCUCGAAAAUACCAACGUUCAACUUUGGAAGUGCCACUUUGGAGAAUUCUUCUWAUCYKKCUCGGUACUUURCUAUGCAACGUGAAAUUGAAUACGAUGAGAAAACAGUGACCAACUCAAAACCAAAGCAUUUGAACSACUUAUCAAAGACCAGAGUAAAACGAAGUUUGCUAUUUAAACAGAUAAACUCAAGUUGUACACAGCCACUCCUUUCGUGCAAGAACAGAUGUGUCGACACAAUGGACGCAGGGGGGGAUAGAAAGGAGCUUCGGUGCUCUUGUGAUCCCUAUUGCAAUUAUUUUAAGGACUGUUGCCAUGACUACGUGCCUUAUUGUUUAAAGUCAAGAGCAGGUUCAGCUGUAACAUCGAAAGUCCCGGAUGAAAACUGGUCUUGCAUGUCUGGUAUUUGGGUAAUUAAGUAUUGUCCAGUUUCCUGGAAAAACCAGACUGAUAGACUAUCGUGUGCAAGCGACGCCAAAAUCAAUUACAAAAAUUACGCAGAUAUGUUACCCGCCACUACCCCUGACGGGAAAACGUUUGGCAACCGGAUGUGCGCACGCUGUCAUGGUUACAAGGAAGAGGAACUAGCGUAUUACAGUAUGGACUUUAAGUGUUCUUUGUCACCGCCAGCCCAAUCGACACCUACAGAGAAGAUGAAAUUUGUUUUCRAAAGGUGUAWAUUAUCUCGGGUAGCUCCUAAAARUGGUAUYYCCAGGAGGUAUUGCAUUGCAGUAAAAAUCCCAAAUUGCAAUUCCAGGAUUGAUCGAUCUAUUAAAGCACGUUGURUCAAUGGGUCUUACGGUCUAGUUUAUGUAAGAAGCCGUAAAGAGAAUCACAAGAACGAGUUCUGUGCGAUCUGUAUGGAAAGACAGCCGUCUUCGUGCGGGCCAGGAAAGUUACCAGACAAUCUUGAAGACAAAGAUCAUGUUCCUGGUUCAAAGCCAUUUUCUUUGAUAUUCGACAUUGGAGCGAAGUCUCAAAUACAACGCGAUUCCUCAGUAACGGUCAAGUGCAGCAARGAAGGAGAGGUCUAUGACUGGCGUUUGGAGGCAUGUCGUAAGGGGCAMCAAUAUACACCUAAGGUAUCAACAAAAAGAGAAUAUCGAGUCGCACUGUGGRUGAAAACCUACAGGCUUUUUUCCAUCACUGCACUACCUUUUACCUUCGAACAGUUUGGUGUUGCCAUUUCCAAGCUGCUUCAAAUCAAUUCCACUUCUAUAAGUGUUUUUGAUAAACUCUUUCUCGGUAAAAGGACCCAGAUGUAUUUGAUGAUGUUCGACCUAAAAUUGGAAGAAGAAAGUAGUGAUUUCAGUGUCAUGGAGUUGUUCAACCUGACCCGMAAACGGCCUAAACYAGUGUUUAAAGUUGGUACUUUCCCUUUUACUGCGGMRAAGAUUACCAUAAAGACCAUGACAUGUGUCGCURCMGAYAYYUAUUCWCCCUUGCAAUACCAACUAAUUCCUGGUACMUCUUCAGUGGUGRUCAAUUCUACUGGUGAAGUUCUGGACAAAAKUGACUACUUCUCCAACAACACUAUCAUGUUUCAAGGUCGUCCACAGCCUGUUGGCAAYAUCGUGGUCUGUAGACAGUUACUAUCRGGUAAUUGUUCUGGYACUUACAUCUUCCUGGACAGACACGAGUACGUCAUGUUUYCUAAUCGAUCKUUAUGGUACAAUGCAGCUGGUCGUCUGUACRAACCAAGAAAGAAGACCCAGUGGAUGAAACAGUUUUGA